UUGCCUUGUGAACUUCUCUGAAAGGUGUGGCGAUUCUGCCAUACUGCGAAAUUCCUCCUUUGACAUCAAUCCUAUAUUCUCAGUUAGUUUAAGACUUCUCUACAAACACAACAAUGUCUGUUUGGGAUGACCUGGACCUUCUCUUAGACUCCCCCUCUUCACUGACUGUGACAUCCAGUGCAAGAGGAACUAUUAAGGACAAGCCAAACUUUAAAGUGGAAGAAGAUGUGGCUGCACUGAGAAAGGCCAUAGAGGGCCUUGGUACAACAGAAAAAACACUGAUCGAGGUGUUGACCCAGAGAAGUAAUGCUCAGCGUCAGCUUAUCUCUAAUGCCUAUGAGAAGGCCACAGGGAGGAAAUUAGUAGCUGACCUGGAAGGCGACACCCACGGAGACUUUGAGGACUUGUUAGUAGCUUUGGUAACACCUCCUGCUGCAUAUGACUGUCAUGAAGUCAUCAAGGCAAUCAAGGGCGCAGGGACCACAGAGAGUACACUGACAGAAAUCUUUGCCUCAAGAUCCAACAGACAGAUCAGCGCCAUAUCUGAAGCAUACCUGGCAGAAACGGGAAGAUUGAUGAUUCAUGAUCUGAAGUCAGAGGUAUCCGGAGAUUAUGGCAAAGCACUGCUCAUCUUGGCUGAGGGGAAGAGAGACGAGAGCACCAAUGUGGAUGCUGCCAAAGCUAAAGCAGAUGCUAAGGUGCUCUAUGAAGCAGGGGAGAAGAAGUGGGGUACUGAUGAGGACAAGUUUAUUGACAUCCUGUGCCACAGGAGUAUUCCCCAGCUUCGACAGACUCUGGUCGAGUAUAAGAAUAUUAGCAAGAAGACUCUGCAGGAGAGCAUUGAGAGUGAGAUGUCUGGAAACCUGGAGAAGCUACUAGUCGCCGUUGUUAAAUGUGUGAAGAGCGUUCCUGCAUACCUUGCUGAGAGGCUUUUCAAGAGCAUGAAGGGUGCGGGGACAACAGAGUCCAUUCUGACCAGGAUACUCGUCAGUCGCUCAGAGAUCGAUUUGUUGGACAUUAGAGCCGAGUACAAGAAGCUGUUUGGAUGUUCCCUUUACUCCCAGUUAGAGUCUGAAGUUUCAGGCAGUUACGGUAACGCCCUCAAACGUCUCUGUGGCCAAGACGAGUAAUUCCUCCUAACUCCCGAGAUGAAAAACAUAUGGUGGGACGUCCAGCUUUACCUAGUGGAAGAGAAGAGCUGCAUCUAAUGAUGGUGACCAGUCACUGACCUUUUCAUUAGAUUCACACAGAUAUAUUUGCCUGAACCUAGACCUGAUGAUGACUGGAACGAACCAUCUAGGAAUGCUAUUUUAAUGUGGAAUUCCAGCAAUGCGCAACCAGACAUUGAUGUUCUAACUAAAGUGCCAUGCAGACUGGAUAAUUAAAACACCAAGUGUUAAGAAGGAGCUGAUGUUCAUAGAUAUGAAGAUGCUGUUGAAUGUGUUUUUGAAUACUUAAGGUUUGUAUUCCAUGUGACUACUACAACUGCAGAUUUCUUAAUAAGUAUUUUAUCUUCUGGUAUAUUGUAACACAAACAGCCUAAAAGUUGGAAAAAUGCAAAUAGCCAGUGUCAUAACUUUCAUAUUUAACAAAAUAAAGAUACUAUGUUCUACUA